GUGAGUAGACACGAUGCCGCCGUCGGCCGGCCUCCACGGGCUCACGCACUUGCUGGCGGGAGAAACCGAGUGGCGAAAUAUCCAAACGAUCAUAAAGACGACACUCCAAGCCGUGGCCAAGGUUGUGUCCAACCAUGCUGUGAUGUUGGAGACCAUGGACGCCCGCAUCGACCGUAUCCAGGACGCAGCCAUGUCGGCCCAGACGCUGCCGCCACCACGCGUCAACAACAACGAUGACGGCACGGCGAUGAUUGUAUCGCGGAAGGAAUUCCUUGCUUUGGUCGCAGACGUCUGCAAGAUGCAAAAGCGGGCCGUGUCGUCGGAUGAUGUCGAAGUGCGAGUUGUUGCCAGUGGCAACGAGCUCAAGCGACGACUCGAGCACACCAUCACCCCUCUACAAGACGCACUGCGCGAUAUGGAAGACAUGGUGACGAAACAGGUCAUGGCCCAGGCGACCGCCACGUUUGCUACCAAAGACGCGCUGCGGCAGCUCAAAGACGAAGUCAUCGAGCGCCAUACGGCUAAAACGGCAAAGAUGGAGCACCACAUGGUGACGCGGAGGGACCUGGAAGCAGUGGAGGAGCGGGUGACCGCUGCGUCGAAAGCUCUUCAUCGCACUCAAACAUUACAAGUCAAAGAUUCCGUCGGCCAUUUAGAGCAAGGUCUGCGCAAGCACUUGGCGGAUCACCUUGCCGCCGCGCGGGACGAAUUGAAGAAGUUCAAGGCACAAGUGGACGAGUCAGUCGCUAGAACCGCCACCGACUGUCACGCCCACUUGCGGCAGCGCGCGAUGGCGUCCGAUGUCAAAGUCGUCUUGUCCGACAAGGUGGACCGCGCCGAAUUGGACUCGAGGGAGAAGCAGCUCGAGGACCGUGUGGGGGGUCGACUGGACGACGCCCUGCAGCAGGCCGUGGCAGAGUGGAAGCACGAAGUCGCCGCCGCAUUGCACAAAAAGUGUCCCAAGGCGGACGUGGCAAAGCUGCUUGCUCGAAAAGUGAAUCGAGAGGACGUUGACGCGGCGUUCGCAGAUAAAGUCACCCACACUGAGAUGCAGGUUGUGCUGGGUGCUGCGAUUACAGCCGUCCAAGACGAGGUCAAGCAGGAAAUGCAGCAAAUCCAGCGCGUGCUCGAAGGUAAGCUUCACGACCACGGCGAGAUGGUGGCGCAGCACGUGCGCGACUUGCAACACGAACAGGCACAGCACGCAGACGGGUGGACGGGAGCGCUUGAAGAUAUCCGCGGCAAAGUCGCCGUCAAGAUGGGCAUCAAAGAUGCGUGCACGCUCCUCGACACAAAGUGCAACGUCGCCGACGUGAACGACGCGCUGGGGGCGCUGCAGGAUACGAUCCACACCAAGGCGGACGACGGCGACGUCCAGGCGCUUGUGGACGACGUCACGGGGCUUCGAAAACAACUCCGCGGCGAACUCUGUGUUGGCCGUUGGAUCUGGAAGACGGGGCGGCCCACAGACCGCCACACCAUCGCAUGGACCGUGCAAGUUGUCAACACCAACCCCGACGUGUUUGCGUGGGAGAAAGGAUCGGACCACGUGACGGCUAUCGUGCCGGGGUUGUACCAACUGCAAGCAAGCUUCUUCACCGACUACGCUCCGACGCUGCAAGUCCUCGUCAACGGCGAGCCCGCUUUCGUCGUGCAAGGGUUGGCAGUGCACGAGAGAUCGCGGCGUGUGAUGACGACGUGCGUGCGUCGUAGGGAGAAGGGCGAUGCCUUGGGACCGCACGGCCAGCGACGUCGGCGCCGGCACACGGCAGGCAACGUGACUGGCAUCUCGUUGUGCGAUUUUCUCGCGUUGCCUCCUCGCGCAACAGUGUCCGUGACGUACGAUAUCGACGAGCGAGCCCAGGGAUUCCUCACGCUGCGCAAGCUGUAGUCCUGAUAAGCGAAUAAACUACAGUCGCCGACGAAAUGUCCCCGUCGCGGUAACGAUGGCUACGCACGGUCUGCUUCGUGGCAACGUA